GAAAUUAUAUACUGAAUAUUUUUUUUUAUAUGUACAUGUUAUUAUAGUCUAUUUAGAAACACAGUUUAAUUCAUAUUAUCAAUGUCCAUUAAAAACUUAAGCACAUCUCCUGCAGCUGUGACAAGCACAUAGGGGAAAACCACAAACCAUGUCAGACCCGUAGUGCCUACCAACAGAGAAUUUUAUGACAAUAAAUUCAGACUCCUCCAUGUAGAGAACAGAAAUGCCAGAUGGCUGUGAUCUUGCAGUAUUUUUAAUCAAAACUAGAAUGUGAAGGUUUGUUUGAGGUUUUUUUUUUUUUUGGAAGGUGACUCAUUGAGGUUGGCCACCUAAACUGUAGUGUCAAAUGCAUCAGUGUGAACCAUGAAAACAAACAGCAGGAUCACUACGUCAUCGAGAGAAUGUUAAAACAGUGGUUACUAAAUGAGUGAGGAGCAAAUGCAACAAACAUUACUUCCUCAUCUGCUCUGCCAUUGUGGACUUAUGUGUUGCCGUUCUGAGGCAACUGAAGCUAUAUCUUGAAGAGCGCAACAAGUAGUCUACUGCACUUCUCCGGUCAUUGGAUCCCGAUCCGAUGCGCCAUCCCGAUAACAGUGGAAAGAGCUUCAGCUCCAUCACUUUUGGUGGAACCAUGACGAUGAACACCACAGUAGACAACAUCACCAGCCCCGCAGUGACAACCAGCCAACCUCCAGCAGCAGCCCUGGCCCACCUCACCGAGCCCUUCAGAGUCACCCUGCUCAUUAUCUACACUGUUGUCCUUUUGGUGGGCAUCACGGGCUUAAGCGUCAUGAUCAGCCUGCUAAAAACCAACAUUCGCUCAUUAACCACCAUCGCCUAUCUGAACUUGAUGGUCGCACAUUUUCUUUUCCUGCUCACCGUGCCAUUCAGAAUCUACUACUACGCGUACACGCCCCUACAAUGGCAGCUGGGUCUGGAAUUCUGUAAACUGGUCAGCGCCAUGGUGCAUAUCCACAUGUACAUGGUGUUCACCAUCUACUCCAUUCUUCUUACGGUUCGCGUCCUGCAUUUUUACAAGAAAACGCAGCGGACCGAGUUCUACAGGCGGCUGCACGGACUGGGGGCGAGCGUUCUAGUUUGGUUGAUCCUGUUCAUCAUCGUGGUCCCACUCGUGGUAUUACAAUACGGAACCAAAACCAAAACACAAGAGCAGUGCUUCCAGUUUGGGAAUAAAUUACACGAGGACAGUGUCUACGCCCUGAACAUGGUUCUGUCGAUCCUUAUUAUCACCGUGUCAUGUUUUCAGGCCUGCAUCCAGGUGAUCAUCCUGUGCCAGAUGAUACUCAAGUACGGACCCGCAAGCCGCUCCCAGCAUGAGUUUUGGGUCCAAAUCAAAAACCUCAGCUUUGUACUCAUCAUGCUCACCUGCCUGGUACCGUACCAGCUUUUUCGGAUAAAAUACCUGAAACACCCUGAAGACCUUCAUCAGAUCAAUGAAGUGUUUCUGGCCAUCACCGGGCUUACGUGUUUCGACAUGCUGACGUUCACAGGGAAGAGCAUAUGUAAAAUAUGCUGUACAUAA